AUGGAGUGCUUUUCGAGACAAUUAAAGGCCUUGGAAGGAAAAUUUCACUUCAGGUUUCGUCCAAAAUGUGAAAACCUGAGAAUUAAUCACCUGAUCUUCGCUGAUGAUCUGAUGUUAUUCUCAAGGGGUGACUUGACAUCAGUGAAAUAUAUGAUGGCUUGUUUGGAGAAAUUUGCUAAAUACUUGGGGCUUGAAGCUAACAGUUUGAAAUCAAACAUGUAUCAUGCUGGUAUUAAAGAGCAGGAAUUGGAAAGGAUUAUGGAUAUCACUGGAAUUGGCUUGGGUGAAUUUCCCUUUAGGUACUUUGGUAUUCCUCUAUUGGUAGCAAGAUUGAAUGUUAUACACUACGAGCCACUGGUUAACAGAAUUUCAAAUAAGUUCAUAGAAUGCCCUGGGAAGACACUCUCAUAUGCAAGCAGACUAGAGAGGGUUUCUGUGGGGAGGAAGAAAGAAGCCACUAGUCGCUUGGCAGGAGGUCUGUGUUCCAAAAGCAGAAGAAGGAUUGGAAAUUCUAGACUUGAGCACAUGGAAUAUGGCGUUGAGGACAAAGACUCUUUGGAAUAUACAUUCGAAGAAGGACACACUCUGGUCACAAUGGGUACACCAGAUUUAUUUAAACAACUCCUCCAUCUAGGAAUUAGAAGUGAGGAAGGAGGAUUCAAAUCUGAUUAA